AUGGGUGUUCGACUUAAUUGGACAGAUUACUUAGGCACUAUCGAAUAUGCUCAUUCGACACUUAUCAAAGCAUCCAAGGGAGAUUCUCCAUUUGAGAUUGAUACCGGGAGAAAGGAACGCUCUUCAUGGCAAAAAGGAUUUAGUCCAAAUGAUGCAUAA